AUGGAUCCAUCCAAAAUGAAAGUGGUGGAUCUAAGAUCAGAGCUUGGCGCCCUCGGUUUGGAUACCAAAGGGAAUAAGCCGGCUUUAGUUGAAAGAUUGAAGAAAGCACUAGAAGCAAUGACGGGAAAAGCUCUCCCUGACACCUCAAUUCUUGAUACGUCAACUGAGGAUGCAGAUGAGCCUGCUACUCCAAGACGAGUACCUGCUGCCAGAACAACACGGCGGUCAUCAUCAUCUCGACUUGCUGCUACUCCAGCCAAGCCACUACAAGCGGUCCGAGAAGAACCACCAGAAGCAAUAGAAGAAGAGAAUAGAGGAAGCGAACAGUACUCACCGAGCCAAGAAGAUUCUGACAGUGAGACACCUGCCAAAAAUUCUGAACCAGAAAUAUCACAACCAGAACCACCUGCUGAGGUACAGAAGCCUGCAGAAGAACCAGUCAUAAAAGAAGAUGAAAAAAAUUCACCUGUCAAGGCUAACCUGGCCAGCAAGGAAUCUGAACCAAUGGAGACACAGGAGGCGCCUGAAACUGUUGAGGACGAGAAUGCUAAAGUAAAAUCUGAUGACAAAGAGGAGAUGGACCAGAAUGUUGAAACAAAAGCUGACGAAGAAGAAGAGUAUGAAAAUGACGAGGACAGAGAUGACGAAGAGGAUGCAGAAGAGAAGAAGAAGCGUGAGUUGACUGAAGAAGAGGAGUGGAAAGAUUUGAACGAACGCCUAAAGGUUCGCGAGCAAGAACGUCUUGAACUCGAACGUAAACAAGCCGAGGAGGAUGCUAAAAGACUCGAGGAAGUUAGUAAGGACCCUGUUAAGCUGAACCGUUUGAGGCGCAAGCAACAGAAGAAGGCUCGCUGGAGCAACUUUUACAGGGCUGUGGAGGUCACUAACGAAUUGCUAGCGUUGCCCGAGGAACCCGUGAAAGAUAAGAGGGAGACGACUGACGUCAAGAUCGCUGAACCUGAAAUAGAUGAAAAUAAGAUUACUCUGUCUUGGUACGACAGCGACCUGAACCAGUACGUGGAGGUGCCGGCGCUCAGCGGCGUCGUGGCGCAGAGCGACGGCGCCUUCGCGCACGCCUGGGCCGGCGCGCGCGCCACGCACGCCGUCGCGGCCGGACGCGUCUGCUACGAGGUGCGAGUGGGAGCUGUAGUUACCACUACUGAAAUCACUGAAAAAGAACCCAUUGGAUCUGGUCUGAGGAUUGGCUGGUCUACCACCGAUUCCUCAUUACAUCUAGGUGAUGGCGAAAUGAGCUGGGGCUACGAGAGCAGCGGACGCGCCGUCCACAACAGCGAGUUCAAGGAGUAUGGGAAAACGUUCACCGAAAAUGAUGUUGUUGGUGCUUACUUGGACCUGGAGUCGAGCCCGUGUAAGAUCUCGUACACGCUGAACGGGCUGGAGCUGGGCGUGGCUCACGAGUUCGACAAGGACGCGCUGGGCGACAAGGCGCUGUUCCCGCACAUACUCACCAAGAACACUUGCUACAAAGUUAACUUCGGAUAUGACAAGUACAACAUGUUAACGAAAACCAAAUUGGUUCGCACGCGCCUAGAAAUUCCUGUUGAGCAAGUUCUAGAAGAGAGGAGGCGAAUUGAGGAGGAGCAACAAAAACAGAAAGAGGAAGCUGCAAGAAAGGAACGCGAACGCAGGGACAAGGAGAAAAAGGAGAGAGAGGAACGGCAAAGGAAAAAGAAGGAGGAGCGGGAAAGAGUAGAGCGUGAAAAGAAAGAGAAAGAAGAUCAGGCGAAAAAAGAAAAAGACGAAGAGGAACCAAUGGAGACUGAAGCCGGUGAAAAAGACAAAGAGAAAGAAAAGGAACCUGAAAAACCUGAUGAAGAGAAUGAGAAGGUUGAGGAGCCUAAGGAAAAUGGUGAAAAAGUUGAGGAGAGCGAUGAAAAAGAGAAGGACGAAGCGAAGCCAGAGCCAAUGGAAGCUGAACCCUCAGAGGCGAAAACUGAAACGGAAAUUAAAGAGGAACCUGAUGAAGCUGUAGAAAUAACUGAAGAGCAAGUUCUGAAGGGUCAAGUUGUGUUGGACAAGAAAAUUAAGUUUGUCAUACGAUACUUGGUAGAAGAGGAACUGGACGGUACCGAGGCCUGCUUGGUGCCCGGAUACGUGCUCGUCAGCAACGCCGACCUGGUGGAGGGCCCGACCCGGCCUGCCAGCAUCGCCGACUGUGAGGUGAUCCUCAUGGUGGGGCUGCCGGGCGCGGGCAAGACGCACUGGGUGCGCCAGCACGUGGCCGCGCACCCCGAGCGACGCUACAACGUGCUGUCCACCGCCGCGCUCAUCGACAGGAUGAAGGUGGACUGUAAACCGUUCCGCGCGACCUACGAGGGCAGGUGGGACGCUAUGGUGUCUAAGUGCGCUAAAUGCGUGCUUAAAUUGUUGGAAAUCGCCAAAGGCCGCAGGAGGAAUUUUAUCCUGGACCAGACGAACGUUUACCCGUCGGCUCAGAGGCGCAAGUUGCGGGAAUUCGACGGGUACCGGCGAGUCGCGGUCGCGAUCGUGACCGACGACGAAACGUACCGCGACCGGCACAAACGCAGGGAGGAGGCCGACGGAAAGGAAGUGCCCGACCCCGCUAUCGUGGAUAUGAAAGCCAACUUCAUGCUGCCCGAGAAGUGCUCGUGGGUAGACGAGGUGGUGUUCCCCGAGCUGGGCGCGGAGGCGGCGCGCGCGGUGCUGGCCGACUACCACCGCGAGGCGCGCGCCGCCGGCGUCACGCGCGACAAGGACAAGCGCGAGCGCUCCGCCUCGCAGGACCUGCCGCCCGCCAAGCGCCACCGCUCCAACGACAAGGGCCGCCACCCGCCCAACGACCGCCGCCCCAGGGACUUCCAGCGGGACCGCGAGGAUAGAUGGGGUGGUGGCGGUGGCGGCGGUUCCCGCUGGGGAGGAGGCGGUGGUGGCCGCGGAGGGAGCCGCUGGGGACCUCGAGAGCCCCGUGGCCCGCCCAUGGGCGGCCCCAACCAGUCGCGCUUCGACCGGCCCUGGCAGUCGCACGGACCCCCUCCACCACCAAGAGGUGAUUUCGGUCGGGGGGAUCGCGAUAACUUCCGCGGAGGGCGCGGCGGUCAACGGCCCGACCGCGGCGGUCGGGGCGGCGGCCCUCCCCCCAACGAUCGCUUCGGACGAGAUCGACCUCCCAGACCCAACGACAGGCCCGACAAGAGGCCGCAUCAGCCCGGCGGCGGCAACAACGGAGGAGGCGGCGGCGGCGGCGGCUGGCAGCGCGGCGCCGGCCCCCGCGCCCGGCGCCGGCCCGCGCCACCCCCUGCAGCGCCCCGCCCCGCCGCACGCACAGCAGCGCCCCAACCCCAAGGUACUGCUCACUGCCACACCGGCACUCUUGAUGGACCAAACCAGAACCAGAAUUCGAACCAGCAAAAUCCACAGGGUUGGAACCAGUGGACUGGCGGAUGGGGAGGCUGGGGUCCCAACUGGGGAAACCAAGGCCAGGGUUGGCAAAACUGGGGCAAUUGGGGUAAUUGGAACAACCCAAAUCAGGGUGGUAACCAAGCUCAAGGUCAAGCCCAAGGAGGGCAAGGCCAAGGUGGUAAAGGACAGGUGCAAGGGCAACAGCAGCAGCAACAACAACAGCAAGGGCAGCAGCAGCAGUGGCCUGCAAACUAUACCGCACAGCAAUGGUACCAAUGGCAACAGUGGCAACAACAACAACAGCAGCAGGGGUGGCCAGGGUAUCAGCAAGGUAACCAGCCUGGAACCCAGCAGGAACAAGCUCAAGCGUGGGCACAAUAUUACCAGAUGCAGAAUUACGCAGGCAAUGCGAAUGCGGGCGCCAACAACGCUGUGACGGGUGGUGACAAAAAGUGA